UCCACACAAAUCCAAAUCCCUUUCGAAGCGAAGAAGAAGAAGAAGAAGAAGACCACCAUAUGGCGCCACCACCACUUCGGUGGUCCGCAGUCGCCGCUCUUUUAUUCUCUCUCCUUCUUCUUCCCAUUCUUCCAUCCCACGCCAUUUACUGCGACGAAGAUGACUGCUACGAUCUUCUCGGCGUUUCUCAGAGCGCCAAUGCUUCGGAGAUCAAGAAGGCCUAUUACAAGCUCUCCUUGAAACACCAUCCGGAUAAAAAUCCUGAUCCGGAAUCGAGGAAGCUGUUUGUGAAGGUUGCAAAUGCUUAUGAGAUUUUGAAGGAUGAAGCAACACGUGAACAAUAUGAUUAUGCAAUUGCACAUCCAGAGGAGGUGUUUUACAAUACAGCUCGUUACUAUCAUGCAUACUAUGGGCACAAAACUGAUGCUCGUGCAGUUGUGGUAGGCCUUCUUUUGGUUCUUUCAGCGUUCCAAUACCUAAAUCAGUGGACCAGGUAUACACAGGCUAUAAGUAUGGUUAAGAAGACACCGGCUUAUAAGAAUAGGUUGCGGGCUCUGGAACUUGAACGCAGUGGUGGAAUGUCGAUCAAGAAAAAGGGCAACAAGCAGAUGGACAAGAGGAUGGAGGAGGAUCUUAGUAAAGAACUAGAAUUGCAGAUCCAGGGAGCUGAGAAGCCCUCUAUGUGGAGUAUUGUUGUAGUCCAAUUUCUACUCCUACCGUACACUCUUGGAAAGCUUUUAUUGUGGAGAGGCUGUUGGUUUUGGAGAUACCAGAUUAAAAAAGAUCCAUAUGCUUGGGAUGAUGCUUGUUACUUGACAAGGACGAGCCUCAAGGUGCCUCUUGAUGCAUGGAGGAAUGUUGAUGAAGUGAUGAAGAGCGAUCUUGUUCGAAAACGAUUGUGGGAGAAAGCUAACAUGGAAAGGUACCUGACAGACAUGCGGAAGGAAACAAAACGCAGAAGAUAGCUGUUUGAUCUGAAACCAGAUUUAAGAGUCCUCUCUCUCCGGCUUUACUACAUUUUAAAAUAUUUUAAAAUUUUCCAUUGAGAAAUAAGUUUUCAUGAUUAAAUCGACAGUUAUGAAAGAUCAUAAGUUCGUUUUUGCUGUAAACAUGGAUAGGGAAAUAUGAGUUGCAUUUAGUU